AUGUUGGUUCAUAUCUAUCUAUCUAUCUAUCUAUCUAUCUAUCUAUCUAUCUGUGGGGUUGUCUGUCUUUAUAUCUAUCUAUUUAAUUAUCUCAGUCCAUUCAUUAUACAUUUAACUCAGUUUGGCCAUUAUCUAUAUCGUAUCCAUCUAUCUAUUCUCUUUCUCUAUCUCGACCUACCUAUCUCAGUCUAUUCAUUAUCUAUCUAUCUAUCGAUCUCAGUUUUUUCAUUAUCUAUCUAUCUAUCUAUCUAUCUAUCUCUUCAAAACAAAUUUAAUAUCUGUAUGUCGAUAUCGGUAAAUACAUUAUCUAUCUAUCUAUCUAUCUAUCUAUCUAUCUAUCUCAGUCUUUUCAUUAUCUAUCUAUCUAUCUAUCUAUCUAUCUAUCUAUCUAUCGCAGUCUUUUCAUUAUCUAUCUAUCUAUCUAUCUAUCGCAGUCUUUUCAUUAUCUAUCUAUCUAUCUAUCUAUGUAUCUAUCUAUCUAUCUAUCGCAGUCUUUUCAUUAUCUAUCUAUCUAUCUAUCUAUCUAUCUAUCGCAGUCUUUUCAUUAUCUAUCUAUCUAUCUAUCUAUCUAUCUAUCGCAGUCUUUUCAUUAUCUAUCUAUCUAUCUAUCUAUCUCAUUCAGUAUCUAUCUAUCUACCGCUCUCUUCCUCUAGCUAUCAAUCUCACUCCAGUCAUUAUCUAUCUAUCUAUCUAUCUAUCUAA